AUGUCAGUUUACGGGAGCGUGCCAUUAUUUGACUGUAAAAGUGAUGAGUGGGGAGUUCAUAGUGCACAGUUGAAAAAUUUCUUUGUGGCUAAUGGUAUUAACGAUACAAGCGACGUGAAUGGUGUUAAACGACGUGCUAUAUUACUUAAUUGCAUGUCACAGGACUCAUAUCGGUUAACUCGUGAUUUGUUAUUUCCAAUUGUGCCCGAGUCGGCCACCUACAGUGUGAUUGUAGAUACUUUGGAUGCUCAUUUUCAACCCAAAAAAUGCAUAUAUGCGGAACGGCAGAAAUUCUAUUCGGCUAAGAAAGACCCCCACGAGUCCCUACCAGAAUAUGCUGCGCGUAUUCGUGGCUUGGCAUCUACAUGUCAGUUUGGUACUUCGCUAGAAAUGUGUAUGACGGAUCGUUUCGUCCUCGGCGUUGACUCCCCAGUUGUACGAGAGAAGUUAUUUCGGGAAGAUCCUGGACAACUCAAAUUAACACGAGCAGUCGAGGUAGCAGGAGCAGUAGAAAGCGCGCAACGGGUUGCGUGUUCAGAUCUGGCAGCGCUCAAUAUUAAAUCUGAAUCGGUGCUGUACGCGGCUGAGCGGACAGAGCGGCGCCAUGCGACCGCUGGCAGGAGCCGCGACGUCGGCAGCGGCGGCAGCGGCGGCAGCGGUCAUUUAAAACGUAUGUGUGCCUCGAAAAGUGUUCGUAUGGUUGACCGUAAUAACAUUAAGUCACGUAGAAAUAGGAAUAGCGAAAGGCGAAGUAAUUUUAUCAGUGAAUGUGAUAACGAGAGCGAAAACAGCGAUUAUGCGCUGUUAAAUAAUAUUAGAUGUUCUGAGGGUGCGCCGAUGACUGUGGCGGUGACCGCGGACGGGAAACCGUUUAGCAUGGAAAUAGACUCGGGCAGCGCGGUGUCGGCAAUGCCGUCGGCGGUGUGGCGCAGGUAUUUUUCUAAAACCCAUCCACUCGGUGAGUCUGAUAAAAUCUUACGUACUUAUAACGGUUCGUUGUUGUCACCUAUUGGAGUAUGUGAUUUAUUGAUUACGUAUAAUAAUAACUCUCAGUACAUUCGUUUUUAUGUGGUAAAUAAUGGCCCAGUUUCGCUUCUUGGCAGGGAUUUUUUGUAUAAAUUUAAUUUAGCACUAGUGACUGUAAAUCACUGCUCAGCAAAUAAGUACAGCUCAAUUUUAAAAAAAUAUAGUUCUCUGUUUUCUGACAACCUUGGUACUUUUAAUCGCUAUAAGUUGACAUUACAUUUGAAGGAGGGCGCUGUCCCAAAAUUUUGUAAAGCUAGAACAGUGCCCUUUGCACUCAAGGACAAAGUGAGUGCGGAGUUAGAUAGACUGGUACGGAUAGGUAUUUUAAAACCGGUUUCUUAUUCGAAGUACGCGUCACCGAUUGUUGCCGUUUUAAAAAAGAACAACGAAGUACGUAUCUGUGGCGAUUAUUCAGGUACAAUUAAUAAAAUAUUAAAAGUGGAUUCGUAUCCACUACCCAAAUUGAAUGAGUUAUGUGCUUCCUUGCACGGUUGUCGCUAUUUUAGCAAGCUCGAUUUGUCACAAAGCUAUAAUCAAUUUUUACUAGACGACCAGUCUCAAGAAUACACAUGUAUAAAUACACAUAAGGGGUUAUUUGUUUACACUCGGCUAGUGUUUGGCUUAGCAAACGCACCAGCGCUAUUCCAGCGUGCAAUGGUUCAAUUGUUGAACGGCAUAGAUGGAGUCGUAUGUUUCCUCGACGAUGUGCUUAUUGCCGCAUCUACUCCCGAAUUACACUGGGAACGCGUAGAACAAGUUUUGAUUCGACUAAGAGAUGCUGGACUUAUAUUGCAAAAAUCUAAAUGCUAUUUUCUUCAGGAAAAAGUGGAAUAUCUGGGGUUUAUCAUAGAUCGGGAGGGAAUUCACAAAAAUCCAGAUAAAAUUAGAUUAUUGAUGUCAAGUUUCAUACCGCAAGCGGCGGCGUUACUAGAACCACUACAUACUUUGUUGCGAAAGGAUAUCGAGUGGGAGUGGACAGACGAGCACCAAAAAGCGUUUAAUGCUGUUAAAAGGGAAUUGAGUUCAUCACGAGUGUUAGCUCACUAUGACCCCCGACAGCAGCUCGUGCUUACCGUAGACGCGGCGCCAAGUGGGCUGGGCGCGGUUCUAGCAGCGCGCUACCACGACGGUGCCGAACGUCCCAUCUGCUAUGCGUCACGAGCAUUAAACAAAAGCGAACGUGCAUAUAGCCAGAUUCAAAAGGAGGCGACGGCCAUCAUUUAUGAAAAAGGAGUACCUCAAAUGACUGAAUCUAGGCUUCAACGAUAUGCAUUAUUUCUCGCUGCUUAUAAUUACAAAAUUGAAUUCGUUAGCAGUGGAAAUAAUGUUGCUGAUUAUUUAAGUCGGUUUCCUGUGGAAAUGGAACCGCAAGAAGUAAUUAAUGACACCGAAAUGCCUAGUUAUAUUAACGCACUAGCGGCGGCCGGUGCGACAUUGCCCGCCUCAUUGGAGGAGAUGCGGUCGUCUACUGCUGCCGACAUUACACUUUCUGAUGUAAUACAAUAUAUAAAUAAAGGGUGGCCACGGAAAGUACGAGUAGAAUUGCUGCCAUACAGUCGGUGUCAGCACGAGCUUCAUGUUGACAAUGGAUGUUUAAUGCGCGGACAUCGCGUGGUCGUACCCGAGGUAUACAGGUCGGCUGUGAUACAAGAACUCCAUGCUGCGCAUUUAGGCAUAAUGAAAAUGAAGUCGUUGGCUCGAGAGCGUUGUUGGUACCCGGGUAUUGACCGUGAUAUUGAACAAACAGUGUCCAACUGUGACCGUUGCAUUUCCGUUCGGUCAGCUCCCCCGAAAGCUCACAUGGAAUCAUGGAAUUGGCCUGUAUCUGUUUUUGAUAGAAUUCAUUUGGACUAUCUUGGGCCCUUAAGUAGUAAAAUAUUUCUUGUUUUAGUCGAUGCUCAUAGUAAAUGGAUUGAAUGCUUGGAUAUGCCAAAUAUGACGUCUCAAAGUUUAAUUUUAAAUUUAAAAAAAGUAUUUUCGAGAUUCGGUUUGCCUAAAACAAUUGUGACAGACAACGCAACAACUUUUACAUCUUCUGAGUUCGGAAAAUUUUGUGACGUCAACGGUAUCACUCACAUAUUGUCUCCCGUUUAUUCGCCGCAAAGUAAUGGACUCGCCGAAAACGCGGUUAAAACAUGCAAACGAUUUAUUAAAAACGCGCUUAAAGAUUGUUCCAUAAAAAAUAUAGGUAGCCGAUUAGAUGAUUAUUUAUUUUAUUACCGAAAUACGCCACACUGCACGACUGGUGUAUCGCCGUCAGUACUCAUGUUCGGUAGGAAUCUACGAUGUAAACUCGACCUCAUAUCUGUCCGACCGUCGGCCACAGGUCCUAACCCAAUGUUGAUUAAUAACCGUGUACGGCUGAACCAGGAACGCCAACGACGUUGUUUCGGUGGCAAAGGACGAUACUUUUCGCGAUAUGAUAAGGUUUGGAUUAGAGACUAUCGAUUUAAUCCAAAAAGACCGGUGUGGGUGUUAGGAUCGGUCGUCAGUCGUGUCGGUAAGGUUGUUUACGAUGUUGCUGUAAAGGACACUGAUAUCGUUUGGAGGCGUCACAUUAACCAGUUACUGGAUGCGAAGACUUAUAAUGGUAACGUGAAUAGUUCCGCUUGGUCAUAUGAUAAGUACGACAACGGGACAACCUGUUCUUUGACCCACGAUCUAACUACGGAGCCGUUUCAGUCAGACUCGCCAACUACGGCUCCAGGGUUAGGAGUGGAAGGCGAGGUGCGGCCGUCUACACCGGCCGGCUCGCCGGAGCCGCGGGCGCCCAACGAUGCCGAUUACGACUCGUACGGCACGCCUCCCAACGAGGCGCCCGAGCGGUCACCACCGCGCGCCGCCUCUGUUCCUGGAGUCCGCCGCACACGAUCGGGACGCCCAGUUCAUCCACCCAAAAGAUUAUUUUUUUAG